GGGUACGCGCUCACGCCGGGCCUCGGUGGCCUCAUGGCCGGCACCCACUUUACGGUCUUUGGCGCCAAGAUUGACGAGCUCACGGCGCCCGGUCUUGUCCUUACGAUCCUCAACCUCAUCACGAUGAUCCUCAUGUUCUUCACCUUUGACGAGUCGAUUGGCUCGGGCGACGCGCCGGACGUGAGCCCGAAGCGCACCAAGUCGCAGCGCCUCACCGAAUUGGACGAGGACACGGUCGACUUGCCGCAGUCGCUCAUCUACUGGGGCAUCUUUGUCUUCAUGCUCCUCAACAUGCUCACGCGUGGCAUGCUCGCGAUCUUUGAGACGAUCAACGUCCCGUUCUUCCUUCAAGUCACGGGCCACAGCAGCAGCCAAGCGAUCAUGGCGGCGUCGACGUUCCAGUUCAACCUCGGCCUCCUCGGUCUCUUCUCGUACGGUGCGAUCGAGCUCUGGCGGAACGCGAUCAGUGACGUGCUCUGGCUUCUCCUCGGCUUUGCGGCCGGCGCCCUCGGCAACUUUGUGCUCCUCUGGAACGUGAGCCCCGACUGGGCGUACACGCAAAUGGUGGUCGGUGUCUUCUUCGUCUGGAGCAUCUGCAGUCCGCUCACGACCGCAGUGUGCGUCGUCGCCUUCUCCAAGAUCCUCGGCACGCGCCAGCAAGGCACGUGGAUGGGCCUCCUCGGGUCCGCCGCGUCCGUGUCGCGCAUCAUCAUGCCGCUGUUGCCGGCGCUCUUUUCGUCGUUCAAGCCCGUCUUUUGGAUCAACUUUGUCGUCUCGGUAGCGUGCAUUGGCCUCCUCUUUUGGUACGAUAAGCUCGUGCACAAGGUCAAGCACGCGCUGCUCGCGGGCGAGUCGCAGUCGCUUGUCUAAUCACGACGAAUCUAUCUACUAUAGUACUACUCUUGAAGCGCCA